UGACCCACCUCCUUUUCUAAUCCAUCUCGCUAAUGGGAGACUGAGCUUCAGGUUUUCAUAGUGACACAAGCCCCACACUGGUCUGUACUAUGCAGCAGCCAACACAGGGCUAAACGACUGAGAAAAAAGAUGGCCGCUGUAAAGGCUAGUUUUGUUCAGGGUGCAAGAAGUGGAUUCGGUAGGUGGAGCCACAUCACACUGGAGGUUACACUAAGCUAACAGCUCAGCUACCCCAACACUAUGCACCAGGAUAAUAAGUGAGCACAAGAUGCAUUAGUGUUCAACCACAAUAGGCCUUUCCAACCCAGAUAUAAUUAGGCCCACCAAAAUAAAUAUAUUGCAUAAAGAAUAGUUAAGAAACCUUUGUUUAUGUUUAAUGCUGAUGUAAAAUUACAUUAAAGCAAGGUUCAUCUUUCGGAUUCUGUUUGCAACCAGAGAAUAUUUUCUAAUGGCUGAAGUGGUGGAAAAAUCACCACAGGCUUUUUUGUAUGGCCAUGCUGAGAAAAGUGAAGAUGAUACACCUGAGGUUGUCUCCUGCAUCUUGAAGCAUAUUUCCAGCACCCCAUUUACAUUUACUGGCAGGGCAGACUGUGAACUUACACCCAUCAAUAAAAUAAAGAGUAAAUGCAACAUCUUCGAGGCAUGGAGGAGUCAAGACUUAAUACAGAGAGCAGACUCUCAAUAUCUGGAGAGUCCCAUGCAGUACAGGAGUUUUUUCUUGGCAGAAUGUGAGGAUAUUGCAAGACAGCUGCAGAGCAAAGAGCCAGAGGAAAGUAAUACAAGCAAGAGGAAAAUAGAAGAGUUGGAUAUUUCAACCAUUGAGGCUGAGCCUCCACCCUUUUACUGCACACCAAAGUCUACCCUGGAUGACGCUGAGUAUAGUGCCAAAAGAAGGCGGCUGGAUCUAUCAGAGUACAGUGACAAAGAAAAGUGGAAUCAUAAUGGCCAAUAUUAUGAAAGCCCCAUCCCAAUAUAUUUGUUGUCCAAAUCAAAGGAAUCCUUACCAGUACCCUGGAUGAGUAAAGACAGAUCCAAGCCUAAUGAGGUACAUGCCCCUCUUUUGAGAGAUGCACUUGACACCAAACAAGCAUUCCCAGAAUUUCUCACUCAAAAUGCGAGGAAAGAUUUACCUCUAAUUUCCAUCAAGGAACUAGGGUCUGAGCCCAUCAAUAAAUGUACAGUGCUUGAUGGGGAAGAUAUACAAUUAAAGAAUAGUUGUUACUUUGCUUAUCGGACUCAGGAAAGUCUACUGGAAACUCCACCAAUAAAAACCUACUGUGCUGCUAAAUGUGAAUUGAUCUCCACUUGCAUAACUAGCAAGCAUACUGGAAAACCAAACGAGGAUAUGGUUGGCAAAGACAGGCAUCUCUUUCCCUAUGUCCGUACUCCCCUGAAAGUAAAGAUAGCUUUUGAACUUACUCAAACUUUCUCACCUUUAGAUAAAAGGAACAUCAAGGAGGGGCCGAGUAUCCUUGGUGUAACCUUACUGGACCUGGAUAAGAUGACUAUGGAAGAACAUGGUGGCACUUGCCACAAGGACAAAUCUGUCAGUAAUGAUGGAGUCUUAGAUGUUCUACAGAAUAAGUUACUGAAUACUACAGUAAGCAUUGAGAAGCAGGAACAACAAAACUCAUCAAAGAAGACUGCUGACAGUAAUACACAGUUUAGUGAAAAGUCCCAGAUACUCAAUAAACCCUUUGAAAGAAAUGCAAAUCCCAUGAAAGUGAAUCAGAACUUGAAGAGGAGUGAACUGCUUAACAACACUGUAACCUUAACAGAUCAGUUAAAAAUAAAUAACAGUCCGCUGAAAAAACUGAGCAUUAUCAGUAACAAAUUACAGCCCCUGAAUUCUUUUACUGUGAAUAACAUUAGACCUAAUAACAUACCAAUCAUGCCACCAAGAAUUUCUAGAAAUGCCACUAAAAAUGCAAUGGAUAUAAGGGUUGUAACAACUGAAGCCAUGAAGAAAAAUGCAGCUGCUCAUGAUACUGUUUUAAUAGAUAAUGGCAUGACUGGAAGUAACAGAACUCAAAAUGCUGUGUCGGCUUCCAGUACAGAGGUUUCCGUAGAUAUCACACAGGACAUUGUACCAAUUAAGAACAAAAUAGCUUCAAACAACUCUGCAGAAGGCAACAAACACAGAACAUGGGCUACUGAUAAAAUCACCUUAAACACUACCCAUGAUAUUAUGUUAAAACCUGGUGUAUUAACUUCAAGCAAUAGUUUUCAAGAGAAUAUCUCAGGAUUCAGUAAUGUACCAACAAGCAAUACUGUGCAGGGCACCCAGUCAACAUGUAGUGCCAUAGGUGCAGCCAAUGCCACACAAGACAUUAUCUCUAAACCUUGCAAAGUAAGCAAAUCAAAUGCCAACCAAGGAGCUGCAUCAGCACACGUUGGGACAAAUGUACUUAAUAUUACACAGGACAUUAUAACUUCACAUAACUUUUUUCACCAACCUGGACUAAUGUUUGGUAAGGACAUUGGGCGAACAAAACCAUCAUUACUGAGUAAGUUGAAAUUUGCCCGUAAUAAGGAAGCAGUUAGACAUAAGAGGCCCAAAGAAUUGGGAAGUAAUGGAUAUACAGUGGCUGGAAGAAACAUCUUACUCAAGAAUGGAGUUUAUGCAUCUAGUUCCGAAGAGAUAAUGAAUGAUACUAAACCAGUAGUACAUUGUAGGAUGAUUCCGGAACCUGACAUUGCCCAAGAUGAGAGCAUGUUUUAUGAUGGUUCAAUCCCUCUUAUAACCUCCACACCCAUGCCAGGGCUUUGCAAUCACCGUUUCAUUAAGAAAUCAUUUGAAGGUACUAAGAAAGAUGAUACUAAGCUACCCAGCUCUGCAAUGGGGGUACAGAAAAGGAUAUUAACAGACAAUCGAGAAAAUACACAGAUUUUAAUAAGCAAUGGGCUUCAGGCAAGAACAACAUCUGAUUGCUCUCUGGUUCCGCGUAUCUCCAAGAAAAGCAUACUUCCCAAGAGUGUCAAAGUGUUCAGGAAGCCACAGCCACCGUCUAAUACUUUGGCCAUUUGCUCCCAAGCACCAGUCACAACCCCUAAGUUAGAAACUUUACCAGAGAAGCAAGUAAGCAUUCAAAAAGAAAUUGUGGUUGCCAGUAAAAAGUCCAGCCAAAACAUUCCAGAAACAUCACAGGUGGGUACAGGGGAUGCUUCCCAGUGCCAGACCACAACAAACUCCUCUAUGACUCCUAGCAUUAAAACUGCAAAGACCUCUGGUAUUGCAGUGUCAAAGUUGCCCCUUGGUUCUUCAGUGGCCAGGCCACCUUGUCGGCUUCUUCCACCUUCCAGUGGAAAGUUUUCAUUUGGUGCUUCAAGCUCUUCUACUGCACUUCAGAAAGCAGCAUUUGGUUUUAGAAUUUCUGAACGUCCAGCUGCAUCGACUGGUAUACCUAUAAGAAAUCAUGGACUUGUUUCAAAGGCAGUUGGCAGAGGCGUGGAAUGAUGCUGGUAUCACAAGAAAUACACCUUUCGCAACUUUCGAGCCACUGUAGACUUCCUAGUUAGUUGCAUAUUGCCUCGCUUCUUCAGUGAAGACAUACCUAGAAGUCUUUGAACCCCAAAGAAAAAUAUUUUUGGCCUAGUCAUCCCAAAAACAUCAGGGACAUGAUCCAUUUUGUACAGAUUUUAAAGGCAAACAUCAGACACCCACAUGGUCCCCUAUAUUCUGGGGCACCACAGCAUCUGUUGGGUUUGCUGUCUGUUAUUUUACUCCUACUCCCUGGUGUUAAGCUCAAAACCUAAACAGAUACCCUAUUGCCUUUGAUUAACACCUACAAUUGUAGCACCAAUCCAACUCUUCUUGUCUAGAUAGACUUUAUUUUCAUCCAUGCACUUUAAUACCUAAUUUUUCCUAACUCUGUUUAACUACAGUGUGCGUGUGUAUGUCAAGCCACAUUAUGUGUGUUUAUAUGUGUAUGUCUUUCAAAGUGUUUUUAUGUCUUACGACCGCUGGCAUUAGGCAGCGACAUGAAAAGUACAUUAUUUUAACUUCAUUUUUAAGAGUCGUGUUCUAUGUAGUCACAAGUUUACAAAGCUGUAUUAUAAAUUUUUACUGUGGAACCCACCCUCCCUUGCCACUGCCACUGGAUCCUUUCCUAUGAAAUCCAGUGGCAGAGCUGGGAGAAGGAGGGGGGGUAGGUACCUGUCUAGCACUGUGCUGGUAGUGAUGCCACAGACCCGGAAGUGACUUUGCAUGCAGCAUGUUGCGCAGUGAUGUCACUUCCACCUAUGGGUACAUUAGAGGUCCAGUGCCUAGGGCAGCACUGUACUGAAAUACAGCCUUGAGGAUAUAAUGGUAACUGACAGCAUAUACUGAGAUCACAUGAUAUAUCCGCACCCUCACUUUAAACUUGUUUUAUGUUAUUUACACAGUUACACUUUGCUUUCAGUUUACAACAACUCACUCAAAUUUUACAUCCAAAAAUGGCCAAUUUUCUGGAAUGUACCCUCACUGCAGGGCACUACUAGACACAAAUGGUGGCAAGUAGCCACCCAGUUCUCUAUCCAUUACAAAGACUCUCUAUCCACUAAAACAGUGCAAGUAAACUGAAACUAUAUAUUGUAUGUUAAGCAUACAUCUUCAUUUCAAGUUGACAGAUAUAUGACCUCCUUUUUUUCUUUUUAAUCAAACUUGUCUGCAACAUUUAUUAUGACACUAAGUAUAUGGCUGCCUUCUCUAUAAAAGUCACUAGAGGGGGCUACAGAGGUAAGGAAGUACAUGAAAUGUGACUGUUGAAGCCAAACAGAAAUGUAAGUUUGUAUAUUUAUAAUUUAGUUUCAAUAAAACUCUUUACAGAA